GCCGGAACCUCUGCCAGGGGAUGAGGUGGGUGGCGCUAGAAACCACUUAGCUACAGCCAACCGCCCAAUGCAGCACUCGCUCGCUCCCCCCGCCAGCGGAAGCUCCCGCGGAGCACAAUGCAGCACUGAGGCAGCGCCGCGGUGGAGGCUGCAGCGCCGCGGUCGCCGCAACACCGGCCGAGGCUGGGAGGGGGCGGCCCAGGCGAGCCGGGGCCGCGGGGCGCGGGAUCCGGACGCGGCUGCCCGGGCAUGAGGAGCUGAGCGUCUCGGGCGAGGAGGGCUGACGGCUGCACCAUGCAGGCGGCGGCGGCUGUAUCCGUGCCCUUCUUGCUGCUCUGCGCCCUGGGGACCUGUCCCCCGGCGGGCUGCGGCCGGGCAGGAGACGCCUCGUUGACGGAGCUGGAGAGGAGGGAAGAAAACCGGUUCCUGGAGCGCCAGAGCAUCGUGCCACUCCGGCUCAUCUACAGCUCGGGCGAAGACGAAACUGGGCACGACGCGCUCGAUACGCGGGUGCGGGGCGACCCCGGCGGCGGGCAGUUGACUCACGUUGACCAGGCAAGCUUCCUGCUGGGUGCCUUUGGAACAUCCUUUAUUCUUGAUGUCCUGCUAAAUCAUGAUUUGCUGUCCUCUGAAUAUGUGGAGAGACACAUUGAACAUGGAGGGAAGACUGUGGAAGUGAAAGGAGGAGAACACUGUUACUACCAGGGCCACAUCCGAGGAAACCCUGCCUCAUUUGUGGCAUUGUCAACAUGCCAUGGACUUCAUGGGAUGUUCUAUGAUGGGAACCACACCUAUCUCAUCGAGCCGGAAGGAAAUGACACCUCCCAAGAGGAUUUCCGUUUUCAUUCGGUUUACAAAUCCAGACUGUUUGAAUUUCCCUUGGAUGAUCUUCCAUCUGAAUUCCAACAAGUAAACAUCACUCCACCAAAAUUUAUUUUGAAGCCAAGACCAAAACGGAGUAAAAGACAGCUUCGUCGAUAUCCUCGUAACAUAGAGGAGGAAACCAAAUAUAUUGAACUGAUGAUUGUGAAUGAUCAUCUCAUGUUUAAAAAACAUCGGCUUUCAGUGGUACUUACCAAUACCUAUGCGAAAUCUGUGGUGAACCUGGCGGAUUUAAUAUAUAAAGACCAACUUAAGACAAGGAUAGUAUUGGUUGCCAUGGAAACCUGGGCGGCUGACAACAAGUUUGCCAUAUCUGAAAAUCCAUUGAUCACCCUACGUGAAUUUAUGAAAUACAGGAGGGAUUUUAUCAAAGAGAAAAGUGAUGCAGUUCACCUUUUUUCGGGAAGUCAAUUUGAGAGUAGCCGGAGCGGGGCAGCUUAUAUUGGUGGGAUUUGCUCGUUGCUGAAAGGAGGAGGCGUGAAUGAAUUUGGGAAAACGGAUUUAAUGGCAGUUACACUUGCCCAGUCGUUAGCCCAUAAUAUUGGUAUUAUCUCAGACAAAAGAAAGUUAGCAAGCGGUGAGUGUAAAUGUGAGGACACGUGGUCUGGAUGCAUAAUGGGAGACACUGGCUAUUAUCUUCCUAAAAAGUUCACCCAGUGUAAUAUUGAAGAGUAUCAUGACUUCCUGAAUAGUGGAGGUGGUGCCUGCCUUUUCAACAAACCUUCUAAGCUUCUUGAUCCUCCUGAGUGUGGCAAUGGCUUCAUUGAAACUGGAGAGGAGUGUGACUGUGGGACCCCGGCAGAAUGUGUCCUUGAAGGAGCAGAGUGUUGUAAGAAAUGCACCUUGACUCAAGACUCCCAGUGCAGUGAUGGUCUUUGUUGUAAAAAGUGCAAGUUUCAGCCUAUGGGAACUGUAUGCCGUGAAGCAGUAAAUGAUUGUGAUAUUCGUGAAACAUGCUCAGGAAAUUCAAGCCAGUGUGCCCCCAAUAUUCAUAAGAUGGAUGGUUAUUCAUGUGAUGGUGUCCAGGGAAUUUGCUUUGGAGGAAGAUGUAAAACCAGGGAUAGACAAUGCAAAUACAUCUGGGGGCAAAAGGUGACAGCAUCAGACAAAUACUGCUAUGAGAAACUGAAUAUUGAAGGCACCGAGAAGGGUAACUGUGGGAAAGACAAAGACACAUGGAUACAGUGCAACAAACGGGAUGUGCUUUGUGGUUACCUUUUGUGUACGAACAUUGGUAAUAUCCCGAGGCUUGGAGAACUCGAUGGUGAAAUCACAUCUACUUUAGUUGUACAGCAGGCAAGAACAUUAAACUGCAGUGGUGGGCAUGUUAAGCUUGACGAAGAUGUAGACCUUGGCUAUGUGGAAGAUGGGACACCUUGUGGUCCCCAAAUGAUGUGCUUAGAACACAGGUGUCUUCCUGUGGCUUCCUUCAACUUUAGUACUUGUUUAAGCACUAAAGAAGGCACUGUUUGUUCAGGAAAUGGAGUUUGCAGUAAUGAGCUGAAGUGUGUGUGUAACAGACACUGGGUAGGUGAGGACUGCAGCACUUACUUCCCUUACAAUGAUGAUGCAAAGGCUGGCAUUACUCUGUCUGGCAAUGGUGUUGCUGGUACCAAUAUUAUAAUAGGCAUAAUUGCUGGCACCAUUUUAGUGCUGGCCCUCAUAUUAGGAAUAACUGCAUGGGGCUAUAAAAACUAUCGAGAACAGAGACAGUUACCCCAGGGAGAUUAUGUAAAAGAGCCUGGAGAUGGCGACUCUUUUUAUAGCGACAUUCCUCCUGGAGUGAGCACAAACUCAGCAUCUAGUUCUAAGAAGAGGUCUGCUUUUCUGUCGCAUUUUCAGAUUUCUACCUGUUCCAUCACACAUUAUUCCAUUAGUCAGAACAUUUCAUUAUUUUGCAGCAGGUCAAAUGGACUCUCUCAUUCUUGGAGUGAAAGGAUUCCAGACACAAAACAUAUUUCGGACAUCUGUGAAAAUGGACGACCUCGCAGUAACUCUUGGCAAGGUAACCUGGGAGGCAACAGAAAGAAAAUCAGAGGCAAAAGAUUUAGACCUCGGUCUAAUUCAACUGAGUAUUUAAACCCAUGGUUCAAAAGAGACUAUAAUGUAGCUAAGUGGGUAGAAGAUGUGAAUAAAAACACUGAAGGACCAUACUUUAGGACUUUAUCUCCUGCCAAGUCUCCUUCUUCGUCAACUGGGUCUAUUGCCUCCAGCAGAAAAUACCCUUAUCCAAUGCCUCCCCUUCCCGAUGAGGAGAAGAAAGUGAACCGACAAAGUGCCAGGCUAUGGGAGACAUCCAUUUAAGAUCAGCUGUUUACAUGUGAUACAUCGAAACUGUUUACUUCAGCUUUUAUAGAAACUCAGCCUCACUGAAUCACUGCAAAUCUAUCUGCUCUUCAAACAACUCAAAAACAUCUCUGAAUGCCACAGAGGAGAGGAAGCCGAGACUCACAUCUGGAUACCAUUUUCUUUUUGUCAUUGGCUUCAGAUUUAAUUGAACCAUGAAAAGAACUACUAAAAUGUUACACUAUAACAUGGAACAACUAAGGUACUGGUAUGUUAAUGGAUAAUCCGCAUGACAGAUACAUGUAGAAAUAUCACUGAAAUUAACUCACAUGACCCAAAUGUAGCAAGUUUCCUAAGGGACAAUAAUGGAUUCAGAACUCGACAUUCUGAAGCACAUCCUCAUUGUAGACAGUAAUGCUAUGUGCAUGAGGCUUCUGUUUAUUGUUUUCCACAUUUAAGGAAACAACAUCCCAUAAUAGAAACUAGCAUGCUGGGCUAAGGCAUAUAGGAUUUCUUCUGCAGGACUUUAAAGCUUGAGAGGCCAAUAUCCCAUAUGCUAACUGUAAACAUGUAUUUUUCUUUUUUUUUCUUUUUUUUUUACUUUUCAUAUUUAUAUCAGCAUACAAGGACAAUUGUACAUAUGUAAACAUUUUUAAAAUUUAAAAAAAAAGCAGCUGUUACACACAAGUGUAUUUUGCCAGAUGCCUAAAAACAAUCAGUCACAAUCACGUCAUCAUCGUCCAUCGAAUGGUCUUUCAAGAUUAUGACCGGAUGAUGUUGUAAAUAUAGUGGUCAGGGCUGUAUGUGUGUCUCCCCAUAACUGGUAUUUGUCCAAACCAUGUGCUAUCCCUUUAAAGUGUGCACAGUCUAGAGGCAGUUUUAUUGAGUAAUUAAUUGAACAAGAGAACGAAAUGUCCGACAGAACUUAGGGCCUCCACAGCUUGCUUACUGCCUCAAGGCGCUCUGCUAGCAGCUGGCUGCUCCCUGGGAAUCCUCCAGCCUGUCCAUCUUCCUUCUGGGGGCUACAGCGCCUGCCUCAGUGGCUAUUCUUUUUCGGUGCCAGAGCACAUCUGCUAGUCUCACCUGGGGGGUCCUGUGAGCCCCACAGCAGUGUGUCCUGCUGAGUUAAACAAAUGCACCAAAGACACAGGAGGCCACAGCUGCUGAUGCAUUGGUAGCUUCCAACUUGCCAGUACUCUAACCUUUUGUGGCCUAAACUUUUGUUCUUUAACAAAGCUUUUUAGCCACCCUUCUCUGUGACAUGAAUGACGUGUUUUAAUGAAAACAACUUUCACACUGUUUAUUGAGGGUAUUUAUCAUCGGUGGGACGUGAGUCCCAGCAGGUCAUUCUGCACUGAUUUGUAAGUAAGAUAUGGAAGGUUCUACCAGCUGGGCUGGGAAGCCUCAACAGGUUGCAGAGGGUUCAAAGAAACCUAAAACCCCAAGGGUGCAGCAACUGUGAAGUUAUCCAAACAGCCGGCAAGGGGUAGAAUCUGAUGUUCUGAACUCUCUACGUUUUUAAUCCAUAGAAAAGUGAGAAAUCUAUGUUAAAUCCCCUUCUUUAAAACCAAAGUUCGAUAGCUGUCAUCAUGCAGCUCUGCCAUUCUCAAAGAAAACUUCUCUUGGGAGGCGACCCUAAGUGAGCUCCGAAAUUAAUGGGAUCAAUCAGAUGCUCUGAUGUAAAGAGUACUUUCGAAUUUUCUAAUUUUCUCUCCUUUCUCUUGAGAGGAAUGGAAUCUGCAGACAAGAUUUCAGAAAUAUCCUCUAAAUUUGAUCUCUGCCAGUAGUGUCCGAGAACAAAACCCAUUUCAUCUCCGUGUGUAAUCAUCUUGGAGGCCCAAACUAAAGGGCCCAUUAGAAGGCAGUGUUUUCUCCUCUAUGUGUCUAUGUCUUCCGUAACGGACCUCUCUUCUGAAAGUCUUUGAAAACAUUUGAAAAGCAGUUUAAUUAUCCAAAAUGAUAAAGUAUAAACAGCAGUUUUCAUGACAGGAAGGGAUGUGAUUGUCGAGACUAUGAUAAAAUGAUCCAUCAGUCUCAAGUUGGGUGAUGUUGCCAUGUAGCCCAAGCCAAGGACAGGAGGGCAGACAGAUUUAAAGAUGUAGCAAAUAAAGUGGCUUUUGACCAAGAUCACUUUAAUGUGCACUGAAUGUUUUCUGAUAUUGAGUGUAUAAAAGGCUAAUGUUAGAAGGUUUAUUUUGACUAUAAAAGAGUUCUAGAUUUGAAUGUAAGAUACCUUAUGUAAAUAUGCUUCCUAGUUAUGGUUACACGUCCCUCAUUUGAAAGAAUCCACAAAUGAUUAGCUAUGUAGUCAAUGGAUCCCUUCACCCUUCUGUCUUUCCUCACCUUCUGAAUUAUUUUUACAUGAAGAUUAUUAUUUCAAGUGAAAAAAUCAUUAUUUGUGCCUUUUGGGAGACAUGGUUGCUCUAGAGGUAUACAGUUUAUAGUCAUCCUCCUCGAUAAUAAACUUCACAUAGAACUGAAUGAAAAGUGCUUUGUUUGCAGAGAGACUAUGAUUUGUGGGCUCUCCCGUUGCGGAGCACAGGCUCCGGAUGCGCAGGCUCAGCGGCCAUGGCUCACGGGCCCAGCCGCUCCGCAGAAUGUGGGAUCUUCCCAGACCGGGGCACGAACCCGUGUCCUCUGCAUCGGCAGGCGGACUCUCAACCACUGCGCCACCAGGGAAGCCCCGAGAGACUAUGAUUUUAUAGUACCUUUGAUGUUCUAUUCUAGGUAUCUACUCUAUCUAGGAAUGUGUAAACAUUCUUACAGCCAUUUGCCGCAUUCUUUGACAAGUUUAUAAUUUCAGUGGCUAGUUGUGAGAAGUACCUAUAUGUGAACUCAUGGUUGGUGUUCUAGAUGUAUUAAAUCUAAAUAUCUAUGACUUUUCAUCCACUGAAGCAGGGAGAACGGACCCAUGGCACUAAACGCAAGCACAGCAUUAUUAUUAUUAUUAAUUUUUUUUUGAGUAUCUAUUUUGGAGAGCAACUUUGAGGCCACAUAGCAGUUUGUAUCAUGAAACUAAUAUUUAUAGCCCCCAGUCAACUAUAGGACUGUUAUACUAAGCAGAGAAGAGCAGCUUUUUGGCCUUUGUGUUCCAUUGUAUGCCUUUUUCCUCUCUUUCUGAAGUUUUGUGCGUAGAUUAGACUUCAGAUUGACAACUCUGCAGCCUGAGAUGUUCCAUUUAUCCAUAUUUGUUACAGUAUAGUAAACCCUGAUUUAAAGCAACACAUAUCUCUCCCCUAAGAGUGUCAGCAAAGGAGGUGUGGGAAACGUGGAGCUAUAAAUGAGCUGGCUGGUCAGAUUAACUGGUCUCUGUGUCCAGCCCCUCAUUCUUUAGACAGGAAGUGGCACCCUCCUCUGGGGUCUCCCAGCUAGAAAGUGGCCCCCAGGCCACAUGCAAUCGGUGGAAAGGAAUAAACUCCUCAAACAGUGCAGCAUCAGGAGGCCUUUCAAUUUCUGGUUGCUGUAUUUUUUUAAAGAUACCCAGUGCUUUUCCUUAAAAUAAAAUGUUGACUAAUAAAGUAAAUGCCAAAGCUAUUUUCCAGGUUGAUAUAUAGGUGCUUUAUUAAAUGAUACUACAGUUUCACUCCCCUGCCCACCUCCACCCCCCUUGCUUUAAAAAGGCUUUUAAAAUUGUGUUACUGCGUAAAGUCAAUCCAGCAUAGAUUUCUGAACAUAAGAUUGAUAGGGUUUCUAAAAGAAGUUGCUGAAAAGAUAAAAUCAGGUAUUCUGUGUACUUCCACAGAAGGACUAUUUAUGUUUGAAUUCCCAAACAGUCUUAACAUUUCUCUAUUUUUUCUGUUGAUCCCCUUGCAGAUUUGCAUAAUUUAAUCCCCUCUAUUGUCUCAGAUCUUUUUGUGUCUGCUUUACCUUUUACCUUCUUAGGUUUUCUUUAAUUUUUAUAGUUACCUAUGGGCUAGAGGAAAUAUGGUAUUUCUGUUCACUUUCAGUGUUUCAAAAUUGUUCAUUUAUUAAUCUCAUCCAUUCUUCAUUUCCUGCUGUCAUGUAGUUCUAUUUUAACAUAUAUAUUUAGUGCUUUAAAUAUUUCCUUGUGUUAUUCGACAUGAUAAUAAAUCCUUACGUAAAGAGAAGACUAUUUUAUUUUACUUUAUUUUACUUAAAAAGGGAAUAUACUGGAACUUACCGAGUAGCUUGCCGAGUGUAUGGGAAGGGGAGCUGAAUAAAGGCAGUGAGGGAAGGAAAGGGAAGCAGGCCUGCUGCCCCCGCAGCCUGAUAGACCACCGCCCCCUGCUACCAGGACGCCCCCUAUGGGCAGCAUUUUUUUUUUUUUUUGGCCAAGCCGCAUGUGGGAUCUUAAAUUCCCCCACGAGAGAUCAAACCUGUUCCCCCUGCAGUGGAAGCGCAGCGUCUUAAUCACUGGACCGCCAGGGAAGUCCCUGGGCAGCAUAUUUUAAGUACAAUCGUACCAGUUGGUAAGUUGACAUGAAUUUUACAUGAAACGUUCUGACUCCCAUUUGUAGCAUAAUGUCUACUUUUUUAUGCUCCUAAUUAUUUUUUUCUAUCCUGUCUGUGUUUCCUCUAAAACUGACACUCAAAUACUUCUUUUCUUAAAUUGAGUCAAGAUGAAUUUCUCAUUCUAUUAGCUUAAAAUAUAUACGAAGCAAACAGGGCUUAAUUGGAGGCUCAAACUUUGAAUUUUUCUCCUCUGAGAUAUUUUCUGAAGGGCUAAGACUUCUGAUUUCGGAGGCAGCAACUCUCUUCCAGCCUGGGAGAGCUAAGAACUUUCCUAAACAGCUUCCCCUGUUUAUUGGACCCUGAGGAGCCCAGCCUGCUCUUGUGAAAAUCAGCUGAGAGGGAGCAGCCUAUCUGGCUCUGGGUGUGUGCUGGGGUCUGGGCGUGGGGGUCGGAGCAGCCACACCUGCUGGGAACCUUCGGGGCAUGCUCCUAGCAUCUGCUCUGUGGGCAGGUGCUUUUAAUUCCGAGAGGAAUUUUCCACCCCACCUGCAGAUGCGGAGCAAAGAUGGAGCCGGAUCUUAGAAAUCAGGAGUAUUUCUUCUUUGUCAGAGUCCCCCAAAUGGGGCAUCUUAUGGUUCAGUUUGUAGGUAGAAAAACAAAACAUUCGGAAAUGACAAAAACCUGCCUAGUGUUUUUGUCCUUUAUAUCCAUAGCCUGACAAACAGUAAGCAUUCUCACUGUGGGUUUGAGAGAUGCUUCCAGACCCUUCCUACUUCCAGAGUCGCUCUGUCUUCAGUAGCUGUCAGACCUUUUCUCCUGACUAGGAACUUUCGCUGUCAUAGAGGUAAGUCACUUAUUCGCCUGAAUUGGCACUUGGGGAACCAUUGGGGCGUGGAAUUAGGGGAGAGAGGCACUUUUAGCCUUCCGUUGGCAUCUGGGCAUGGAUUAUGCAACUUGGGAAGUCACUGAGAGAUUGGUUGUCAGGGUAUGUUUCAGGCUGGAGGGAAGAUAAGAAACAGCAAGUCUCGGGAGGUCAUGGGGCAUUUAGCCCUGGAUAGGAGCAGAAUGGAGAGGCGCAGGGAGAGCUCAGAAGCCAAGACAGUGGAAGAGCACAGGUCGGCCACUGGUGGUAUGAUAGGGAGAGGUGCUGCGUGCCUAGGGCAGACCUGUGUGCUUUGCAGUUUUACUGAGUGUUGGCUGUGUAAAGCCUCAUUGUCUAGUCAUAAUGGGCCAAUGCCUGGUGUGGCUGUCCCUGUUGCAUCGUUCAUAGGACCUGUAUCGUACCUGGAGGUGCUUCAAGGCUGACAGAGGUUUGGCUUAAGGACAUCAUCAUUUCAUGCUUUUAGGUGUCCCUGAAAUCAAAACCAGGGAAAAAGUGGGUUUUUUUUU